AUGCUGAAAAAUAGUCUGUUGUUGGUUCUGGUUGCCUGAGCAACUGCCGUUUUUCUAGGAGGAUUCGUGGAUGUUCCAGUUGACAAUGAAGAAGUGGUAGCUGCUGCCAACUAUGCCGCGAAGAUAUUAUCCAAGCAGUUUGUAUCUCCUUACCUCUACAAAUUGGUAUAGGUUCUUAAGGCUCAGAGACAGGAAGUAGCUGGUGUUAACUUCAAAUUGGACAUAAUUAUUGGACUCACUACUUGCAAGAAGAAGGAAGUUGAAUUCAACGCAGCUAAAGACUGCGAAUUCCAAGAGUCUAUUAGCACUUACAAGACAUGCACAGUAUUAGUCUACAGGGACUUAAAGGACACAUACAGACUGGUCAGGUUUGCAUGCUUCCUGGCUUCCAAGAAAGAUCUUUAAAAUAAAGAGAUGUUAGCCAGACGUUUUGCAAAGUUCUGAAAUGAAAUUAACGUAAUAAGUCAUCAGAAGCUAUAUUGGAAUGAACUGUGAUUGCAAAAAUAUAUGCU